AAUCUCAUAAAUAUACAAACUAAUCAACUCAUAGUAAAAUCUACUAAAAAUUCAUCACAAACCAAAACCUUUUACCAUGGCCUCUUAUAGUUCCUUCAUUUUAGCAGUUUUCAUUGCUAUUUCCUUCUCAAGCAUGAACAUUAGCCUAGCAGCUCGUAAUCUUCUACAAACAUCAAAUCCAACUACACCAACACUUCCAAAACCAACAUUGCCACCUUUGCCAACAGUUCCAACAUUACCUCAAGGAAAGGUUCCACCUUUGCCAACAAUUCCAACACUACCUCAAGGAAAAGUUCCACCUUUGCCAACAAUUCCAACAUUGCCUCAAGCAAAUGUUCCACCUUUGCCUACAAUCCCAACAUUACCAAAACCUACUCAGCCAUCAAUUCCUAGUACAAUCCCAACCAUUCCAACUAUUCCACAAUUCACUCUUCCACCACUUCCAAACUUUCCUACUACAAUUCCAAUCACUUUGCCAUCAUUCCCCUUCUUUACUCCACCACCUUCAAAAACUAGCCCUUGAAUGAAGUUCAUGUCAAGUGUUUUAUAGAUUCAUUUAACAUAUUAUACAUUGUUCAUUUGUUGUUUGGGAUUAUUAGUUUUUGUUUGUAUGUGUGAUCUUUAUUUUUCAUUUUUCUUCAUACUUGUGUGCAUGGGAUUGUAUUCCCUUUAUUCAUUACUUUAUGUAUUUGGAGAUCUAUUGUUAUAGUGUACACUUUAUAAUAUAAAUGUUAUAUUUCAUAGUGUUUAAAUA